AUGAGGAUGGAAUACCUAGGGUCAACUGAAAUUAAUGUUAAGAAAGAGGUUAAGGUUGUGAAUCGAGCUGAGACCGACGGAAACAAAAAUACAUUUGAGAGGUACAGGGGCUACUUAUUGAGAGGGUUCCUGCUAUUAUUGGUCGGUACCACCAUCUUCUCCGACAAGGCCAAGAACUAUGUGGACCUCACAUACCUAAAGUUCUUCAUUGAUUUAGAUCGGAUUGACAGCUAUUCAUGGGGAACUGCUGCACCGGCAUUCCUAUACUGGGAGUUAACAAACGCAGUUGUCCCCGACUACAAAUAUGUGGCUGGGUAUAUGGCACUGUUGCAGGCUUGGGUCUACGACCACUUUAAGGACAUUGGCGGUGCAAAGUCGAAGAGCUAUGUGGAGGAAAUGCCCCGUGCUUGCAAAUAUGAUCUGACAAAAGGGCAGACAAAUUAG